ACUGACAAGGCCCCGCCCCCGUGACGCAGCGACACAGCGCCGCUCCUCCUCGGGCCGUGUGCAGCCAAGCGAGCAGCAGGGGGCGCUCUUACGCCCACGCCACAUAACAUCUCGCUAUCAAUAGUCACUGAAUAACCGGAGUAUCCACUGAGCCGGAGCAACAUGGAGGAGACGGACGCCACUGCCUACGGGUCUCCCCUCGCGGGAGGAGGCUUCAACGUCCAAAAGUUUAUCCGACAACCGCUGACCAUCGUGCGGCUGCUCAGCUGGCUGUUUGCCAUGGUGGUCUUUGCCUGCAUCACCACUGAGGGCUACAUCAACCCUAUACACAGUCCGGAAGCCAAGUGCAUCUUCAACCAGAACGACUCCGCGUGCCACUAUGCCGUCGGCAUCGGGGUGAUCGCCUUCCUCGCCUGCGUGGGCUUCUUGGCUUUGGAUGUUUACCUGCCAUUUGCAAGCAAUGCACAGCAGAGGAAGUUUGCAGUCAUGGCAGACUUGGGGUUUUCGGGAGUGUGGACCUUCCUGUGGUUUGUUUGCUUCUGUCUGCUGGCCAAUCAGUGGAGUCACACCCUUGAUACCCGCAUGAUCCCCGAGGACGCCGCGCGGGCCACCAUAGCCUUCUCCUUCUUCUCUAUCGCCACCUGGGCAAUCCUCACCUACUUAGCCUUGUGUCGCUUCCGCCGCGGUGUCAAUGACAACACCCUCCCGACAUACAGUGAGGCACCGCCAGACUCCCACACCCCCUACCCACCAACGUACGCCCCGACCUCCUACAACCCCACUACCUACACACCCACCACCUACUCUGCGUACCCCAGCGCUAUCCCCGACCUGAAGCAGCAGCCGGCCUUCACCCCGAACAUCCAGCCUCAACCAGACAUGAGCUACCAGCCACCCACCUACUGACACAAAGGGCGGCCUUGUUGACCGGGGAGGGUCUGUAGGCUCCGAUUGCAAUCACACAGCGUUUCAGCUCCCAGGAGGGAUCAGUGCUGGUGAUGGAGCAGUGGGCUUUGGACCAGCGUGCACAGACACAUCUUACCUCAACUGGCCUGAUUGCAAAGGAGAUGGGUAGACUAUACCCAAAGGUCAAGGGUUAACUGUGUGACUUUACAUGAGUGCUUUUAACGGCAUCAAUCGAAGUGGAAAAUGGUCGGACAAAGUGUUUCUCUGUUGCAAACUGAGAAUGUGUGUAGAUCCUCUGAAUUCAUUCUAAAUUUGUCCUUUUUUUUAAUUUAUUAUCCUGUCAACACUAAACAAUCGCCAUGACGCCAAAAUGUACUUCCUGUGAAUGUGUCAAUUGGAUUCUAAAAUGCUGUUUUGUUUUGUGUAGCCAUGUCUGUAACACUGGAAUGUUGAGUUUGCUGAGGACUCUAACAGACUUGCACUUUCAACCAAGAUUAAGAUGCGAUCAGGAGGGUGUGUAGAUACUGAGCGGGUUUGUCCACGGAUCCUGACCCGCGUUCAACACUGUCACUCAUUAACAAAAGUUAUCAGCGAAUGAGCACAACUGUUUCAGACAUCCCUCCAGCGACAUGUUUCAGUUUCAGGCGCUCCUUCAGUGACUUGUCUGAUCAACUUCAGUUGUUAUUGUUGGGUUAUGCUUGAGAGAAAAUCGUUUUGAUUAAACUAUACAUCUCAUUUCGGCCUUUGCGACACCACUUUGUGCUUAUGUUCCUGGCAACAGAUCUCAGUUAGAGUGCAGUCAUGUGCUGUCCUGUUGAGGUUGCAGUAAGAGACGUGCUGUGGACAUCCCAGUCCUGAAAGGUCCUGUACACAAGUGUGUGAGUGUCUCGUCAGUGAAUUUUAUUAUGGUUUUUAAAAAGCCGUGCAACCACAGCGAGUCAUAAUGAACCAACUGACUCUCCCGAGUCUUGAAUGCUCUAUGGUUUUAGAUUUUUAAUGCUGACAACUGGCUAAAUAAUUUGGCCUAUGCUCCUGCAGAACAUACACUGGUCCUCAGGGAGCAACAGGUUUUAUAUAGCAUGCAGGAUACACUUUCCGUUUCAAAACACCAGGGCAUCGACGCCUGCCAGGAUUUAAACAGGUUAUAUCGGUCCGUGUUGGCAUGUUGGGUUUCAGGUUACACCGUAGUCCCUUCAGUAGUUGCCAAUGAAUAGUACAUUUUACUGAUUCAAAGUCUGAAAAUAGCAUCUAAUAACAACUACACAUAAAACCAAAGGCCUUCCUGUUGAAUUUAAAUCAUAGUUUCUGGCUUUAAAUGUGUCUUAAACUGUGGCAAAAACACACUGUCAUUCAAUUGAAAAUAGAUCUAAUACAAUGCAUUGAAUGAGAGUGCAGACACCAAUGGCUUUGCAUUUAUAUUCAUAAUAAAUUGGGACACAAAAAUAAUUCAGGAUAUGACAUUUUCUUGAGGUUAAUGCCAACUAAACAAAAACACCUUUGCAAAAUGAUUGUUCCUAGUUUAAUACAAUUGUCCUAUAUUCCAUUAACACACCGACAACAGGAAUGUUAACGAUUAAUAUUAAUAAUAAUAAUUUGCAAAAAUAAAAACAGGUGACAUUUUCCAACAUCAUUGCCCCGAACAUAAUCUUAAAAACACCACAUAAAAAUACUUAAAACAUACAAUCUGAUUUUAGUCCUUAGAGCUGUAAGGAAGAGAAAAGCUUCCUGGGAAUGCCGGAGUCCACAAUCUUGACAAGAUUUUGUGACGGCGUCUCAUUCUUGAAGGGAGACCGGUUCUCCUUGUUCACCGUGAGACCUCCGUAACAGCGUCGACACACUGCCUGGUACUUGUCAGCCCCACCGAUCACUUCCACCUGUGGAGCAGCAGAAUGUUUACAUAUGGGUUGUAGCAUCACAUCUCAGACUACUGAAUAACCAGAGGAGUCCUCAGCGCACGUGCUUUAUUCAGGUGUGCAGGUUUUUUGUUGGACCCACCCUUUAUGGAGUGAUAAAGAAACCAAAAAUGAACUAUUGAAUAUACAGAUAUGAAUCUCUGCUGUUGCCGUCUAAUUUUGUUACUGUAAUCAAACAGUUGUCAUCAUGUUGAAGACCCUUUUUUACUGCAAUAUGUUAUACUCUUGGGCAUUUCCAUGAAGAGUA